AUCUACGUCCCAGAGGACUCUUGACUCCAGAGGCUACGCCACUGCAGAACGUGACCUGUGGAGACGUCAAUGAACCUCGAUGGUACGGUGUAAUCAUGAAAUCUUCCUGUAGCCUAUCAGAGAGUACAGUCAGUGAAGAUUGCAAGGCUGUGGAGAAGUUGAAUAUGACGGUACGAAGCGAACUUCCCGUGUUUGGAUGGAAGCAUAAUUUUACAUACAGGAACAUUGCUUGUGCCAAAUGUAGCGGUGAAGAGAACGUGGCUUUCUGGGAUCUCCAAGUAGAGUGUCAAGGUGAGAAAUUAGGUUCAAAUGGGUCGGACAUCAGUGCAGUUAGGACGUUUGUCAUGGAUGAAGGAAGAAAGUGUUCUUGGGAAUACGAUACAUCGUCUUACCAAAAGCGACAUUGUGUAUUGCAAGAUACAAUAUGCAGAGCUAAUAAACAACCCUGGAUGUCUGUAGUAACAGACCUGUGUUCUUCGUAUUCUAUGCCCUUUUCAUUUCAUCAUAGUAGGAUGUUAUUCACAUACAGGAACCCUCAUUGCGCGCUUUGUGAUCCUGAAGGACAAUUCGAAUCAGACACUGCUGGCGGGGGGAUGCCCCCGUGGUCAAUCAUUUUGGACGUCAGCGGAAACUUUAGGAAUCCUGGAACACCAAAGACUCCACAGCCGACUGGAGCAAUGACUCAGAGCUUAAACGUUACUGCGGAGAUGUUACACUGUACCUCUAACAGUAGUCACUGUAACAUCACUGUUGGUGGGAAAACUUGCAAAGCAUUUGUUCUCGUGAAAAAUCAAACAGCACAGAUGAACGACUCCUUGAAAAAAAAUCCUGUAAAGAUAAUGCAAUUGAAUGGGAGCACUGCAUAUGUUUUGUGUCCAGAUGAUGAAGUUACUCACGAUUCCAACCAGGAUUUCACAGUUCUAGUUUAUCUCACUUUAAUUGGUUCAACUCUGUCAGUCAUUUCUCUGUGUUUUCUUCAGCUCGUUUACGUGUUUUUCAAAGAGCUAAAAAAUCUGCCUGGAAAAUGUCUUGUCAACAUCUGUGGGGCAUUACUGUGUUACCAAAUAAUUUUUUUCGCCUUGGAAAAGGCGAAUGAAGUGGACGCUCUUUGCAAGGCAGUUGCCAUUUCUCUUCAUUUCUUCAUCCUUGCUGCAUUUUCAUGGAUGAGCGUUAUGGCUUUUAAUACAGCAAAUGCCUUUACCGUUAAAGGUGAGUCAACAACAUUGGUUACGUCCCUGAAACAUUACUGA